AGUAUUGGAACUUCUCUUUCUAGCGCCGUCUGGUUCACCGUAAGGUUAGAGUGGGGCAGCAGCAGCAGCAGCAGCAUGUACCGGUGCCGGGGGCUCGUCAGGCGAGUGCCUAAUUCUUCCAGGACUGUGAACUGUGUUACAAAGCAUGGGGAAAAAACAGUCAAUUCAAGCAGAGGGUAUGCUGAUCUACCUUACAAACCCCCAUCCAUGAAUGAACUUCCAAAACCGCAAGGAUCAUGGUCUCAGAGGCAUGAACGUAUACAAAGAAAGUACAAUCUACAACUGGCUGCUGGCAUUGGAUUCAGUGCUUUUACCCUCUUUGUUCUUAAAUCAAGUGGAAUGGUAGAUUUUGGACUGAAUCCAGGGAAGGCACAGUUUCCUAAGCCAGACCCUGCAGCUGCUGGAGCAGUGGAGGAAGAAGAAGAAGAGGAAAGUCCAGUAGCAGAAGCCUCUGCAGAGGCUGUCGAGGAAGAGGCUCCUGCUCCAGUAGAGGAAGCUCCUGCUGCUGUAGAGGAAGCUCCUGCUCCUGUUGAGGAAGCUCCUGCUGCUGUAGAGGAAGCUCCUGCUCCAGUAGAGGAAGCUCCUCCUGCUCCUCCAGUAGAGGAAGCUCCUCCUGCUCCUCCAGUAGAGGAAGCUCCUCCUGCUCCUCCAGUGGAGGAAGCACCUGCUGCCCCAGUGGAAGAAGCUCCUGCUGUUCCAGUGGAGGAGCCACCUGCUGCUCCAGUGGAAGAAGCUCCUGCUGUUCCAGUAGAAGAAGCUCCUGCUCCAGUAGAAGAAGCUCCUCCUGCUCCAAUAGAAGAAGCUCCUCCUGCUCCAGUAGAGGAAGCCCCUGCAGCAGUUGAGGAGACUCCGGUCGCAGAGGCAGCACCAGCAGCUUCUACUGAAGGUGCAGCAAAGGUAAUACCAGAACAUGUGACUUACCUCAUAGUGGGUGCUGGCACCUCUUCAGUGGCAGCUUUCAGAGCCAUCAAAAGUAGAGAUGCUAAAGCAAAGAUCUUGGUGGUGUCUGGUGAAGGUGAGAAACCUUACAUGAGACCACCUCUCAGUAAAGAGCUGUGGUAUACAGAGGAUCCUGACACAGCCAAGACUUUGCGCUUUAAGCAGUGGAAUGGGAAAGAGAGAAGUAUCUACUUUGAACAUGAAGACUACUAUACUCCAGUUACUGAGUUGGCCUCCAGAGAGAAUGGUGGCAUAUCUGUGUUGCAAGGACGACAGGUAGUCAAGUUGGAUGCACAUAAGAAACGAGUUUACCUAGAUGAUGGAACUGAAAUAUCUUAUGACAAGUGUCUUCUUGCAACAGGUGGAUCACCAAAGCCAUUGCCAGUCUUUGAUAAAGCAGGAGAUGAUGUUCUCAAGAAUGUCACACUGUUCCGCACCAUUGCUGACUACCAACGCCUGAAUGAAGUGGCUCAGCAGGGAAAGCACAUCACUAUCAUUGGUGGAGGAUUUCUGGGUUCAGAAAUUGCCUGUGCUCUCGGACAUAAAUCCAAAUCCACCAAGAGCUCAGUGACACAGGUGUAUCCUGAGUCUGGCAACAUGGGCAGGGUCUUACCUGAGUACCUUUCCAAAUGGACUACUGAAAAAGUUAAGGCUGAAGGUGUCAGUGUCAUCACAGACUCAUCUGUUAAAGGAGUCAAGAGUACAGAAGAUGGAAAGCUGUCUCUGUCACUUAACACAGGCAGUGAAAUUGUGACUGACCAUGUGGUUGUGGCUGUAGGUUUAGAGCCCAAUGUGGAGUUGGCAUAUUCCUCUGGUCUUGAGGUGGAUAAUGACCACGGAGGAUUCAGAGUCAAUGCAGAAUUAGAGGCUCGAUCCAACUUGUGGGUGGCUGGUGAUGCAGCAUGCUUCUAUGACAUCAAGUUGGGCCGACGACGAGUGGAGCACCACGACCACGCCAUUGUGUCAGGCAGACUAGCAGGAGAGAAUAUGACUGGUGCUGGCAAGCCUUACUGGCAUCAGUCCAUGUUCUGGUCUGACUUGGGGCCUGAUGUUGGUUAUGAGGCCAUUGGCAUCGUUGACUCUUCUUUGCCAACUGUAGGUGUCUUUGCCAAAGCAACGACCAAGGACACACCCAAGGCUGUGGUUGAGGCAACUGGAGAAAGUUUGAGGUCUGAAACUGAACAGACUGCUGACACUACUUCCCUGAUGUACUCAAGUGCUCCUCAUGCUCCACUGAAAGGAGAGGACUAUGGCAAAGGAGUAAUAUUUUACCUCAGAGACAAUAUUGUGGUGGGCAUCGUACUCUGGAAUGUCUUCAAUCGUAUGCCCAUUGCUAGAAAGAUUAUAAAGGAUGGCAAAAGCUAUGAUGACCUGAAUGAAGUUGCCAAGCUUUUCAGUCUGCAUUCAGAAUAAAGAAAUAGUAGUGUGACUGCUCAAGAGUUCCAUAGGGAAAUACUUUAACUGCAAGAGAAGGAGUUGGCCAUCACUUCCAUGUUCCUGGAAAAUGAAGAAUACAAUUUUCUGCUUUUCUAGCAGGACCACCGUCACAGCUUGUGUACAUAUCUAAAGAUGCUCUUGGCAGUAGAUAAAAAAUUCUUUCCAACCACUGUAACUGUGAGAGACCUUUUCCAUAAAAAAGAACUGAAGAAUAUUUGAUAGGUUUAAUAUUUGUAGAAAAUUUUACUUGGGAGAUAACAACAAAGGAAGUUUGGCUUUGGUAUAGUGUUUCUGGAGGCAAGUUUUGUGUUAGCUGAAUUAUUGUGAAAAAUCAAAACUGCACAAUUCAUGAUUACUAUAUUAGUUCAGUGGUAAGGAUAGAUUAGUACAUAUUUUUAUAUUUAUUUAUUUUUUACAAAGUAUUACUUUGUUAUUAUUGUUUAUUAUUUUUUUCCAUGUCUUGUAAACUUCAAGCUUGCUAGAAUAAUUUAUUCUUAAAAUAUAAGGGUUAUAUUGUGAUGUAUGAAAGAAAAUGUGGCAUGUGUAAAUAUACACUGUAAACUGUGUACAAUUUUGUAUAUAAUGUAAGUGAUAGAGCUCAUGAAACUGAGCAUAAAGUAUUUUAGUAA